GCUGCUUCCAUCCCCCAUGAAGGUCUUAACGGAGUGGUAUGAGAAAAUCAAAAGAAAGUUGACUGUUGAGCACCGUAAGCCAUCAUUAAGUUCACAAGGCAGUGGAAGAUAUAGCAAGGAAGAUUUGAGGCUAAGAAUGAGAACAACGAGCAUUGUGGUGCUUCGACCUCGAGCUGAUACAGAGAUAAUUAUUGAGCGAAGGCGCUGCUCAAGAAAAUCAAGCUCAGCAUGUGCCAAAAAUAAGACCCAAAAAGAGGUGACUUGCCGAAACCGUGCGGAAUCCGCGCCGUUAGCGCCACUCGUACAGCGAACUACUCCAAACCAUCUCACUCUUGUAUCUACAGGUUCCAUGCUGGCUCCAAUAUAUCGAAGUCGAACGGCCACUAUAGGAAAAUCUACCAAUAUCGUUUAUGUUGGGUAAUUUUUAC